ACGAAAAACCAAAGGGUCUGCAGCUCUAUGUUGUCUUGAACUGGUGGAACAUGUAACUCCAAUCCGAUCCUUACAAAAGCACAAGCACAAACAAGACAGUCCCAAGCCGCUUGUUGCAUGAAACAAGUUGUCAAUAAACAAAACAGGAAAACCCUUUGUCCAGGUGCUCACAAAGUCACUAUAUAAUUCAUCGACACUAAUCAUUGCUGCUAGCUUAGAGGUUGGAAACUGCAGAUUGUUGUUUUGAAAGCAAUGCCGGUAAGACCAAGUAAUACGAGGAAGAAAUGGUACAAGACUGGAGUAGUGGAUGCGGAGGAGGCAAGGAGGAGGAGAGAGGACAGUUUGGUGGAGAUAAGGAAGAGCAAGAGAGAAGAAAGUCUCCUAAAGAAAUGGAGAGAUGGGGUUUUUUUCCUCGAUCAGAAUCUGUAUCAGCUGCAGUUCAGUGAGCUUCCCACUGCAAUUUUGGAAAGCCUUCCUUCAAUGGUAGAAGGAGUAUUAUCUGAUAAUCCAGCAUUGCAAUUGGAAGCUACCACUCUAUUUCGAAAACUAUUAUCAAUUGAGAGAUGCUCUCCCAUCGAGCAGGUGAUCGAAGCAGGCAUUGUUCCUCGAUUUGUGGGGUUUCUUGACAAUCAUGAUCAGCCUCAGUUACAGUUUGAGGCAGCAUGGGCAUUGACUAAUAUUGCAUCUGGUACAUCUGAGCACACCAAUGUUGUUAUCGAACAUGGUGCUGUACCCAAAUUUGUGCAACUUCUUGGCUCUCCAAGUGCUGAUGUUCGAGAGCAGGCUGUUUGGGCUUUGGGAAAUGUUGCUGGUGAUUCACCAAAGUCUAGAGAUAUCGUUCUUAGUCAUGGUGGACUAAUUCCAUUACUGGCACAGUUGAAUGAACAUUCUAAACUAUCUCUGCUAAGGAAUGCCACCUGGGCUUUAUUGAACUUCUGCCGUGGCAAGCCACCAGCACCCUUUGACCAGGUGAAGCCUGCCUUGCAAACCUUGCAGCGCCUGAUUCAAUUGAGUGAUGAAGAAAUCCUGACAGAUGCUUGCUGGGCCCUCUCUUAUCUUUCGGAUGGUACAAAUGAUAAGAUUCAGGCUGUGAUCCAGGCAGGCAUCUGUCCACGACUGGUGGAGCUUCUCCAUCAUCCCUCACAAACUGUGCUUGUCCCUGCACUUCGGACUAUAGGGAACAUUGUUACUGGUGAUGAUUCUCAGACUCAGGUUGUAAUUGACAACCAAGGCCUCCCUUGUCUCUACGAAUUCCUCUCCCAGAACUACAAAAAGAGUAUCAAGAAAGAGGCCUGCUGGACAAUUUCAAACAUCACAGCUGGAAAUAGAAGUCAAAUACAGGCUGUUAUUCAAGCAAACAUAAUUAGUCCUCUUGUUCACCUGCUUCAACAUGCUGAAUUCGAGAUCAAGAAAGAGGCUGCAUGGGCUAUUUCUAAUGCUACCUCUGUCGGGUCCCGAGAACAGAUUCAAUACUUGGUGAAACGAGGUUGUAUCAAGCCACUAUGUGACCUACUAGUCUGUCCUGACCCCAGGAUUGUGACUGUAUGCCUUGAAGCUGUAGAGAAUAUUCUAAAGAUUGGUGAGGCUGACAAAGAAUCGGGCAACAGUGCGGUAAGCAUCUAUACCGAAAUGAUUGAUGAAUGUGAUGGAUUGGACAAAAUCGAGAAUCUACAGAGCCAUGGCAACAAUGAGAUCUACAAGAAGGCAGUGAAGAUUUUAGAGAGGUAUUGGUUAGAGGAAGAAGAUGAAGACGACUCUGGUAACUCAGGUUUUUCUUUCGGUUGUAACCAGUCCAACCCUUCCUUGGGGGGUUUCAACUUUAGUUGAAAAGUUGAAACCCUCUGUAAAAAAAGUUCUCCCAAUGUUGAUGAAGUUUGGCAGGUUGGGAAGUAGUUUUGUGUGGGUUCUUCGGCGGAGUCACGACGUUGACACUUUUUUGACAUAAAAAUGUCUCCACGUAAACAUCAAAGCUGAAGCCAAAAGCUUUUUGUCUGUGUCUGUUACAUCCUUAUUCAGGACCUGAACGUUGCUGGUUCUUUCACUCUCUCAGGCCCAGACCCCCAGUGAGUGCCAUCUGUUCAUUGGUUAAAAAGCUUUUAAUUUCAAAAACAACACGUACUGAAAAUUAUUGCCAGAAUAGCAUUGUGCAGCCAUGGCCCAUGAUGUCCCCCCAGCAUAAUUUCUUUUAUUCAUUUGUUUGCCAAAUUAAGUUUUGACAAGUUCCCUGGUCCUGGCUGGUUCCAGGUUUUUACCAUAUUCAUCUAGUCUGAUCCGACCAACAGGGAUUGGGAUUGGGUUCGCAGUUGGCAGUGACCUGUUCAAGGCCCACGAGGCCAGUCGAACCAAGAAUCAGAUCAGACCUUUUUCAACAGAAAGACAGAACCAUUCGCUACUGGAAUUUUAGAUCAAUCGAUUGAAAAUUGCAACAAGAACCAUCAAUCAUCAACUCAUCAUGCAAAAAAAUCACAAUGCCAUCCAACAACCAUUUCAAUAGAUCACAAGAAUUCUUAAGAAAGAAAAUCUGACUAGAAAAACAUGCUAUCAAUUCUAAAAGAUGGGGCGGAGGAAUUUCUCAGUCUACAACUUAAUCUAGGAUCAUAAACUUACACAA